AUGAACUCGUUCGAACGGAAAGACGGCAGCUACCCGGAAAAGUUGUCCCCGCGGCGAUCCUUUAUGAUCGAGGACAUUCUAACGCCACGUUCUGUGGUCGGUGAAGCGCCAAUGUGCAUGGGACCACCCCAGUCGAGGGCGUCGUGUGUGCCCCCUUCUUUGGGACAGAUGUACGGAGCAUCGGCAGCAAUGGCAGCAGCGUUCUUGCCGCCACAUUUCUUGGGGAAGACGUUGGAGCAUGGUUCCUUCCUUCUGCCACCGGGGCUGCCGUUCCAGAGCAUAUUUGGUGGCGACCCCGGAAACCGUCCGUGCAGACGGCGAAAGGCUCGCACCGUCUUCAGUGACCAUCAGCUGCACGGCCUCGAGAAGAGGUUCGAAGCCCAACGCUACCUUUCCACGCCCGAGCGUCUGGAGCUCGCCACCGCGCUCAGCCUUUCCGAAACACAGGUAAAAACGUGGUUCCAGAAUCGGCGCAUGAAGCACAAGAAGCAGAUGCGCAAAGUGAGCGAAGAAGGCAGCGCUUCGGGCAAGCACCUGACGGACGACUCGAACCCUGGGAGCUGUUGCGGCUCGGACCUAGAGCUUGACGUGGUCGGAGACGAAGUCACUCGAUAGACAAUAGCCCCAACAACAUAACUCAUUACGGGGUGAUGUCCGUCAUCCAAGACACUGUUCACGAGCGACGCGUCUUUGAAGGACAGAGGACUUCAACGAAUGUCCUGUGCAGCUAUAUUGGGCGCUGUUGUCGAGCUUCCCCAUGUUAAUAUUCUGAUGAAAAGUUUCUCCUCUGAAGAACUGGUGGAGGAUACGCAAUACGGGACUGCGACGAAGCGUGACAGUUUCCCAAGACUGUCGCUCUCGUUCUUAUUUGUUCAGGGUUUUUCCAGUAAACUCUUGAGUUGACUUGU